AUGAAACGACAAAAUGUCCGCACCCUGGCUCUCAUUGUGUGCACAUUCACCUACCUGGUUCUCGGAGCAGCCGUGUUCGACGCCCUCGAAUCUGACAUGGAGGGCACGGAGAAGGAGAGACUACAUGCACAGGAGAGAGAGUGGCAGCGGAGGUACAAUAUCACGGCGGAAGAUUUUGAAAAAAUUACCCAGCUGGGUAUCCAGUUGAAGCCCUAUCGUGCGGGAACGCAGUGGAAAUUUGCAGGUGCCUUCUACUUUGCCACGACAGUCAUAACAACAAUUGGCUAUGGGCACUGUACUCCCAAAACCGUAGGAGGCAAGAUAUUCUGCAUGGUUUACGCCCUACCCGGCAUCCCCCUGUGCCUUGUCAUGUUCCAGAGCAUUGGGGAGAGAAUAAACACCCUCAUAACGCGCCUACUUCGACGUAUAAUCAGUUUACUAAACUGCAAAAGUCGAACCGUUUCUCAGACCCAUUUGAUUUUUGUCAGUGCAAACGUUGUUACCAUUGUCCUGACUGCUGGUGCUGCAGUGUUUGCUCAGUACGAAAAGUGGCACUAUCUAGAUGCGGUCUAUUAUUGUUUCAUCACUCUUACAACCAUUGGCUUUGGGGAUUUUGUAGCGCUUCAAAGAGAGGAUUCCUUGGCCAAACGGCCCGAUUAUGUUGCUUUCAGUCUAAUUUUUAUCCUGUUUGGGUUAACGGUGGUGAGUUCUGUGAUGAACUUGCUUGUACUGCGGUUCCUUACGAUGAAUACGGACGAUCAACGAAGGGAUGAUUUGGAGGCAGCAGCCCAAGCACAGGAAUUGAGACGCCUUCACGGUGAUGUUAUUCAUUCUGUCAUCGGAAUGAACAAUCAUCAACCGCCAGGUCGUCAUGAUGACACUGGACCGAUCACAAGUUCCAUUCAGUGCAAAGAAAUAUCACAUAUCAAAGAAGUUACAAGCAUGAAAAAUCAACCUGCCAGGCAUUCAUACGGUGAAGACGCAAUAAUGAACCAAUUUCACCCUCUAGAGACCCAUCAAUCAGCAGUUAUGCUACACGUGGAGAAGUAUUUUCGGUCAUUCGCACGUCUGUUUAGUCACGAAAGCCAUCAGAAUCCCAACCCAUCAACUGGAAAUUUCCUUCAUAAUAUCGAAGAUCGAGUAUCUGCAACUGCCUCCUACACUGAAUCAGAAGUCUAUGAUGAGGAAUACUCCCCUUGGGUAAGCCAAUCAAAAGAUAAGACCGGACGUGAGCAUGGCCAGCAUAUCUUCCGGUUCACCGAUUCGUGCUACAGAAACUUGCAGAAAUUGAAGGAACCGAAAGCAUGCAUAAGAGCCAAAAAUGUGGGAUGUAAAAGUGAAGUGGAAAAUGAAACAAUGGUAGUGCCUCAACGGAACUGCGAGCAGGAGACUAAAAGUGAGACGUAUAUUGACCCGAACGCGGAUGAUUGUGAGUCGCCGCCACGCAAGUGUUUCCGAUAUGCCUCGUUUGAUCGCGCGUCAUGUUGA